AUGCAUGUUUAUGGAUUUGGGUAUGAUUCCAAAACUCGGGAUUUGAGGGUUGUUAGGGUUUCAUACAUUCAUCUUGGUUCUGGGUUGGAUGGAAUUUCUCCAAAAGCUGAGGUUUAUAGUGUUAAAUCAGGGGUUUGGAAAUGGGUUUCUGCUGAUGAUGUCAGUACUUGCAUUGCUGAGGAGAUGUGGUCUAGACUCAGUAAUUUAUGCAAGGGUGUGUUCAUUGGGUUGGAUUCAAUAGGAAUGACGAGGCGGAUUCGUCGUUCAAGAACAAUUGUUUGUUGUUGUUUGAUGUUGAGGAAGGGAGGUUUAGGAAGAUGGAUCGAGUUUCCUUUGGCAUUGCUUGAGGUCUGCCCCCUUGUUCUCGAGAUUCUAGAGGUCAUGGGUUUGCUGUCAAUGAACCAUGAUGAGAUGGAUGGAGACCAGUUUGAGAUUUGGAUUCAGAAGGAGUAUGGUGUUGUUGAUUCUUGGACUUCUUAUUUCAACAGUGAGAGAAAGAAAAGGAGGCACCAUCUUUAUAUGACUUCAGUUUUUGCAAAAGUUGAUGGGGGGAGAAGGCUUAUCCUAGUCCCACUGCUUGGAUGGACUGUGGUUUUGGACGAAGAUGACAUUGACAACAGUGAAGGCGAGAAUAAUUCACAUCUAGAUGCAAUAAGAGCACGCAUGGGAAGAGUUCUUUUAUUGUGCAAUCAAAUGAUGAAGUUUUGCCGGGAACGUUAUAGAUUUGCUUACAGAUGGGGAAAAUUCUAUCAGUGUUCUAAAGAGACACUCCCUCUGUUUCUCAAUAGAUGCCACCAACAUCAGCAAUUAAGCUCUUCUCAUCUCUGUUUAUGGAGGUUCAUUAUCCAGCUUCUUCGGCCAUUCAAUGUAAAGAUUGAAAAGGUUGAUAAGCUGAUUGAAAAAUAUAACCCUGUGGUGAAAGGAUAUCGGUGGUCUCAUAGUGAUGUUGUACAUGAGACAAGAGGUAAUGAUAUAAAAAACAUAUGGGACUGCAUAAGCCAAAAGAAUGGAGUCAGAGUCGUUUGCAUUCAUGGAAUAGCAGGCGUAGGCAAGACAGCUGUUGCACAAGCUGUUUGCAACAAAGCUUUGUUCGAUGUCCAAGAAACCUUUGGUUAUGUUAUAUGGGUGGAAGCUGAGUACGAAAUUCAACUCAAGAGUUUCCAAGAGAAGAUGAUGAAAAAAUUAAACAUUGAGCUUAUUGAUACUGAUGAUGAUAAAGAUAGAGCUAUAAAGAUACGUGAUGAGUUUGUUCCAAGGAAAAAGUGUUUGGUAAUUAUUGAUUUCUUAUGGGAGGAUUUCACCCUUCGAGAUAUUGGAAUUCCUUUGGAAGAAGCUAAGUCGGGAGUAGUUUGCAAGGUUAUACUGACUUCCAGAUCAAAAUUUACAUGUAGUAGGAUCCCAAAAGAUGAGUAUUGUGAAAUAAAACCUCUCUGUGGUGGAUGGGAAUUUUUCAAAAGAAGUCUUGACAGCUCCCUUCUCAAUUUAGAAGGCGAGGCAGGGGAGCUGAUGAAGAAAGCUGUAGAGGGUUGUGGGGGAUUGCCAUCGGAAAUCAUCAUGUUGGCAUCUCACAUGAGAGGAAAACAUUGCCAAAGCUCGAGUGAGAUUGCUUCUUCACUAAAGAAAAUGUUAAGUAGCCGAACAAAAUCUGCACCUUCAAAUGAUGCACAUCUUACGAGAUUGAAAUACAGUUACGAGAGGCUAGAAAAUGCUACAUAUCGACAUUGCUUUCUCUAUUGUGCCUUUUAUCCGAAAGGUUUUCCUAUUGAAGAAGAACAACUGAUAGACAACUGGCUUUGGGAAGGCCUUCUAGAUGAAUAUAUUAUGUCACCAGAAGAGAAAAGAGAACAAGGGAAGGAUGUUUUGAUGGCUCUCAAAAGUGCUCGUCUCAUAGAAAAAGCAGACUCAGGUGGCACCAGAGAGGCAGUCAAGAUGCUUAGCUUCCUACAUGAUAUGGCAGUGAAUAUUAUGAUUGAACAAAGAUUGGGUGUGCUUAUCAGUGCAGGAAAUGAUCUCAGGGAAUUUCCACCGAUAGAUGAUCAGAAAGGUGAGAUACAACUAGCCUCUUUUAUGCACAAUAAAUUGGGAGUACUUAAAACUCAACCAAAUUGUCCGAAAUUGUCCAAAUUGCUACUCCAGAAUAACCCACUUCAUCUGUUUUCUGAUAGCUUUUUCACCGGAAUUCCGAACCUUAAAAUACUAGAUUUGUCUCACACCAAUAUUUUCAACCUCUCAUCAUCAGUUUGUAACUUGAAACUCCUUCAAGUGCUUCGUUUACGUUACUGCCUCAAUUUGAGAUCCCUACCUCCCUUGUCUAACCUCGAGGAACUCAUUGUACUAGACCUUUUCGGAACACCUCUAGCAGAACUACCCCUAGGGAUGGAAAGGUUGACAAAACUCAAGCGUCUAGAUCUUUCCCACACCAAGAUUACCAAAUUCCAAGCUGGAUUAUUGAGUACUCUAGAAAGUUUGCAAGAGUUGAUUCUCAUGAUGAAUGAUGCUGAGGCUUAUAGUUGGAGAUCAGAACAAACAAUAUCCUGCUCAGGAGAAGCCUUUGUCGAGGAGCUUGCUUGCUUGGACGGCUUAAGGGUAUUAGAACUCAACUUCUUCAACAAGGAGGUUUUCAAUGAAUAUAUGAAAGCCAUUCAAUGUACAACCUCGCGCUCACAUGCGCCUCGUUUUAAGUUCUGUGUUGGUGGCUUCAACACUGAUGGAAACUUAGGUGAAAACAGCAUAGCAUUCAUUGAUGGCUACCCUGUUGAUCAACAACUCCCAGAAGGAACUUUGGAGCUAUACUUGAGCGGAUGCAGUGGCAGUGGCAGUGGCAGCAGCAGCAGCAGCAUCGGUCCAAACAACACAUUAGAGAAAACAGGAAUUGACUUUCAGAACUUGAAAGUCCUGAAUCUGUUUGAUUGUAGCAGCUUGACCUAUCUUUUCUCAUUUGAGAUGCUGCAUUGUCUUCAGAGCCUUGAAAAAAUUCAUGUAAGGAAUUGUUGGUCACUCUCGAUGAUUAUAAAGCCUUCUGUAAGUUCUGAUCCACGCACAGACAUCUCCUGUCGUCUUCUGAAAAUACAAGAAUUGAUCUUGAUCGACUUGCCAAUGUUGGAGAGCAUAUGUCCUGAGCAAUACACACUGGAGGGGCCUGAGUUUCGCAGAUUCUCCGUGUGGAAUUGUGACAAGCUCGAGAGGUUGCCGGUGGUUGUAAGUUCAGAGAAGAUUAAACUUAGAGCAAACUCCUCCAGGUUGGCUGGGUCUUGUUAUAUUCAUGAAGAAGCAAAUAUACCUACAGACACAGUUUCUUUUGUGAGGACGAAGAUCCCGGAAUCAUUACAGCCAACUCCUAACUAUGCUCAAACAAGUUACUACUGGAGGAAGGUAGUGGCGGAAUCUCGUAAGAAGGCACAGAUAAGCAUUGGGGUAUUGUUUUUUUAAUCAAUUGCAGCUCAGAAGUUAUUGGCAUCAGUCAAAAAACCAGCAACUGACAUUUUAACGAUUGUGUGAUUAGCUGGUGAAGUUUAUCAGGAUCGUGUUUAGAGAGUCGAGUUUGUCAGCUUACCUUCAAUAUCAUCCUCGCAUUAAAGUUACUCUUCUGUCCAGUUUGAUCAGGCAUUUUUUGGGUUGUGUAACAAUAAAGUUUGUGCUUCUUAAAUUUUUUCAUGAUUUCUGUAUCAUUAUUAGUACAAUUGCCUGUCAAGUACUGUUUUAUCCUGUUGAGUGUGGCCUUUGAAGGAGGCAAUUGAUUAUGAGUAGUAUGUUUUCAUCAGUAGUCCUGAACUCCUGAUAGUAAAAGUCCUCAGCACUCUUCUAGUCUCU